AUGACUACUUCUUCUCCCCCGCAUAGCAACUCCCCGAACAAGGGAGAACCUGCUGAACGUCAAGAUUUCGAGUCUGAGAUAAUCUUCUCUUGCAAUUUCUGUAAAAGAGAGUUCUCGACUUCCCAAGCUCUCGGGGGCCACCAGAACGCGCAUAAACAAGAGCGUGCCUUGACGAAACGGCGGCAAUGGUUGUUGGACACGGUGCCGCCGUACGUGAACCCGCACUACCACCGUUACUACCACCCCUACUCGACAUUUUCGUCGCAUUUGCCGUUCUAUAACUCUUUUGGCAAUCGAUCGCUCGGCGUAAUGCCCAAUUACUCGUCUGCUAUUCAUCGGCUGCCGUCUUCCUAUCACCAUCCCUCGGUUUUGGCGGAGAAUCUAACUACUCUCGCUUCCGCAACGAGAAGUGGUCGCCGAGAUCGCUGCUAA